AGGAGGCCUUACAUCGGGAACAGAUGUUGGAACAGAAGUUAGCCACACUUCAGCGGCUACUAGCCAUCACCCAAGAGGCUUCAGAUACCAGUUGGCAGGCUUUAAUAGAUGAAGAUAGACUCUUAUCACGGUUAGAAGUUAUGGGAAACCAAUUACAGGCAUGCUCCAAAAAUCAAACAGAAGAUAGUUUACGGAAGGAACUUAUAGCAUUACAGGAGGAUAAACACAACUACGAGACGACAGCCAAAGAGUCCCUGAGGCGGGUUCUUCAGGAGAAAAUUGAAGUGGUUAGAAAACUUUCAGAAGUUGAGCGAAGUCUGAGUAAUACUGAAGAUGAAUGUACCCAUCUUAAAGAAAUGAAUGAACGGACUCAGGAAGAAUUAAGAGAAUUAGCCAAUAAAUAUAAUGGAGCAGUUAAUGAGAUUAAAGAUUUAUCUGAUAAAUUAAAGGUAGCAGAGGGAAAACAAGAAGAAAUCCAACAGAAGGGACAAGCUGAGAAAAAAGAAUUACAACAUAAAAUAGAUGAAAUGGAAGAAAAAGAACAGGAGCUCCAGGCAAAAAUAGAAGCUUUGCAAGCCGAUAAUGACUUCACCAAUGAAAGGCUAACAGCUUUACAAGUACGGUUAGAACAUCUUCAGGAGAAAACUCUUAAAGAAUGCAGCAGUUUAGGGAUACAAGUUGAUGACUUCUUACCUAAAAUAAAUGGGAGCACAGAAAAAGAGCACUUGCUUUCAAAGAGUGGCGGGGACUGCACUUUUAUUCAUCAAUUCAUAGAAUGCCAGAAGAAGCUGAUCGUCGAGGGGCAUCUAACCAAAGUGGUAGAAGAAACAAAGCUUUCAAAAGGUUCGUUUUCUGUUGGUUUUCUGUGGGUUUUGACCACUCUUUUGGAUAAUGGAGCAAAUCAGGCAAGAGCAAAAGAAUCUGAUUUGUCAGAUACUCUGAGUCCAAGCAAGGAAAAAAGUAGUGACGACACUACAGACGCCCAAAUGGAUGAGCAAGACCUAAAUGAACCUCUUGCUAAAGUGUCCCUAUUAAAAGAUGACUUGCAGGGUGCACAGUCAGAAAUUGAGGCAAAACAAGAAAUUCAGCAUCUUCGCAAGGAAUUGAUUGAAGCCCAGGAACUAGCUAGAGCGAGUAAACAAAAAUGCUUUGAACUUCAAGCUCUUUUGGAAGAAGAAAGAAAAGCCUAUCGAAAUCAAGUUGAGGAAUCCAGUAAACAAAUACAGGUUCUUCAAGCCCAACUACAGAGGUUACACAUCAAUAUUGAGAAUCUCCGGGAGGAGAAGGACAGUGAAAUCACAAGCACUCGAGAUGAACUGCUUAGUGCCCGAGAUGAAAUUUUGCUCCUUCAUCAAGCAGCAGAAAAGGCUGCUUCUGAGCGGGACACUGACAUUGCCUCGUUACAAGAAGAGCUUAAGAAGGUGCGAGCUGAGCUUGAGCGGUGGCGGAAAGCAGCGUCUGAAUAUGAGAAAGAAAUCACGAGUCUGCAAAAUAGUUUUCAGCUUCGAUGUCAGCAGUGUGAGGAUCAGCAGAGAGAGGAAGCAACAAGGCUACAAAGUGAACUAGAGAAGUUGAGAAAGGAAUGGAAUGUAUUGGAAACCGAAUGCCAUUCUCUAAAAAAGGAAAAUGUUUUGUUAUCAUCAGAACUGCAGCGGCAAGAAAAAGAAUUGCACAAUUCUCAGAAGCAGAGUUUAGAGCUUACCAGUGAUCUCAGCAUCCUUCAGAUGACUAGAAAACAGCUUGAGAAUCAAGUGGGAUCCUUGAAAGAACAGCAUCUUCGGGAUUCAGCUGAUUUAAAAACUCUUCUCAGUAAGGCUGAAAACCAAGCAAAGGAUGUACAGAAAGAGUAUGAAAAGACACAGACUGUACUCUCAGAACUGAAGUUGAAGUUUGAAAUGACUGAGCAGGAAAAACAAUCAAUCACAGAUGAGCUCAAACAAUGUAAAGACAACCUGAAGCUGCUCCGAGAGAAAGGAAAUAAUCCUUCCAUAUUACAACCCGUCCCAGCCGUAUUCAUCGGCCUAUUCCUGGCUUUCCUGUUUUGGUGUUUCGGUCCAUUGUGGUAGAGAAAGAAACCCUGGCCCUGGAUGCCCAUGUUGGCUGCCCUGGUUGCGGUGACAGCCAUCGUGCUGUACGUGCCAGGUCUGGCCAGAGCUUCUCCAUGAGAGCGUUUCUUGAGUCCGUACACCGUCCUCCCUUUAGAAGCUGGCAUCACACUCAUGCUGGGGACAAACAGAACCAUUUUCUUCCUUUUUACCUCUUAAGACAGCAGAAGUGCAAGAAUACAGCUGUAGGGUCAUUGCUUUAAAUUAUAUAAAAUGUAUCUAUCUAUAAAGAGGAUAUAAAAUUGUGACUUUAUUCUACUGUAAGCAAUAAUUUGCUUGCAAUUUUUCAUGUAAUUUUUAAAUUAGUAUGUUGAGAUUCUGAAUAUUAUGGUGGCCUAAAGUAGGCUUCUUGGUACACCAAAUUAUUUAUAACAUUAAAUUUAUGGGUAUUUUACUCUGAAUUCUAAAGGCCAGAUAAUUCAUUUUUCUGAUUCGAUAACUACCCAAACCAAACAACCAAUACAUACAUGGGAAGAGAGGCCCUGUGUGCUCAGUGCCUAUCAGUUUGAAAUAUAUACACAUAUAUAUAUAUUUUUUACAUAUUUACGCCAUUUUUACUUGUUAUAAAACCACUGAGCUAUUGGGAACAAGACUUAGAGACAACUAUUUGCGUGGACUUUUCUUUCUUUCUUUCUUUCUUUCUUUCUUUCUUUCUUUCUUUCUUUCUUUCUUUCUUUUAAGGAGAAAUACACUUGGAAAAUAUUCUGUUCUAGUGAUAAUUUGGGGAAUAUGUGCACGCUUGUUCAGCCUUAAUGUGACUUGACGAUGUGGAGGACAUCAACUUUGAAAAACUUUCCAUGAGAGUGUGUAUUUUCUUGAGCAAACUGAAGUAUUUCUGGGAGCAAAAACAGUAAUUCUACAAUUUCAGUGCAGUAAACCAAACUGUUGAGUCAAUUGGAAUGUAAUUUAUUAAACCUCAUGUAUUUAAAGAGAUAUUUUCUUUAAAAGCCAAGUUACUUUCUCAUAUACAGCAUUUUAGGAAGCAUGAUUUUUUUUUCUAUCAUCUCUUCCUCCAAGCAUGUUUAAUUGAAGAAAGAAUUAAUAUCUCUUUAGAUAAGCUUUUACUGACUUAAUUUGGUUAUGAUAUUUCAAAGCUAAUUCAUGUUCAAGGUGAGCUGUUGUUACCUACCAACAGAUUUCCUGGUCGGGUAUGCAAAUGGUUAUUUUCUUUUUACUGUUGUUAAUUGGGACUUUCUGUUUAUGAGAAGCAUUAUUCCCAAGAUUAAUAGUGUUCCAUGCACAGUGAAGCACCUAAGCACUGCUUGAUGUUAUAAAUUUAAAACACAGAAGUGAAAGUUUAGCUAUGGUUUUGUGCGGCACCACAGUUAUGUCAAUAAAAUUUAUUUAGGUCAUAGAAUAUCCUAAAGUAUCACAUAGUUAAAUUUUUCAGUCAAUGAAGACUGGGAGGGAAUGUCAGUGAAUUGGCUUGAAUGUUCUGUGGCAAUCCACAGGCCUAGCCAAAUGUUGAAAUAGAAGUUUAGGAUAUAAUUUGCCUUGUGAUGUUUGGCAGUCGUUGUUUAUACUUUAAAGGUUAUAUUUUAAGCUAUUUGGGAUUUGCUGUUGGGAGGAUCACUAGAUUCAUGGAGGAAUUAGUCACAAAUGACUUGUAGAAAAUGCUGUCAUAUAGUUCAUUUCAUCAUUUUCUGUUGCAGGAAGCCACUCCACCACAGAAUGCUAAUAUGCCAGUGGUACCCAGUACCUCUUGUAUAUAGGUUAUUGCAAAUAUUGUUCUGAAAUGCUUAACUUCAGAAUUACAUUUUUUAAAGUAAAUAAUUGUUUUAAAUCUAUUUUGUAAAGAUAUAAAGUACAAUAGAAUUUCUGGAGUACAGAUUAAACUAUUUGCACUAACACACGUGAUGUGCAUGAUUUAAUAAAAUAACUUUACUCUCCCUAUGCA